UGCUAAGAAGCUAUUUUUGUUUAUUUUUGACCAUUUUAAUUGAAAAUAAUCACAGUAAGGAACUUAAUUGUUACCCAGAAAUGAUUUGAUAUUGACAUAAAAAAAACCUGCAUUGGACCUUUAAACCCCCAAAUGAUAGUUUUGAAAGGUAGAUUUAUUUUCUACCAGAGUUGAUACACAUGACUACAACUCAUAUCAGAUAUGAACACUUUUUUUUUCUUCAUGAAAGUUGCUUUUUAAGUGGAAAGUUCAAUAGCUGUGAGAACUUCAGAUUGUAAAUAGGACACAAAAAAACACUAGAAUGCUUUACUCUUGACAACGGUUAUCACCUAAUUCCAUAUGAAAUCUUUCAUGCCACCAAGGCAAGAUCAUGCACUCGCUCUUUUGCUUAAUCAAUUAUUUCACCUGUUUACUAUGCAAUGUUGGGCUAUUCGCUUUUCAAACAGACUUCGAUUCAAAGGAUUUCUAUUGUUGUUAUACAGUAAUUACUUGUAUCACUGUGUGAGAAAAUAGUUAUGAUGUCUACAUUGAUUCUUAUUCAGUUUUCCUGGUAAGGUAGGAGUAUUGUAUAUUACCUAUACAAUUAGCAACAUAACUUCGACCCAGUGACUAUAGGACAGUAAUUUGGCUUUAUAGACAAUCAGAAACUAAUAUUUCAUUUUUUGCAUACUGUACACAGACUAAAACCAUGUCUGAAUCCACUCUUGGGAACUUUUAUUUGCUAAUCGAUGACUUCAUUCAUGUUACAUUUGCUUUCUCUUCAGCUUGGAUAGAUUUAGCCGGAAGAUUCCUUUAACAUUUUCUGUUGUUUGAACUUUUGUUUGAUUGCAUUACACAGCCAAUAUUAAGCUUUGUCCUACAUUGGUAGUGUUAUAUUGCGGGGCGUUACUUGAGCAGUAUGGCUCCUGCAUGUUGGACAAUGUCACACGUGUUGCUAUUGUGAAAUGCUAAUCCUUUUGUUUGUUGCACUGCAGAGAGAACAUACUCCUUUCAAACAUCUUGAAACGACAUGCAGUAGUGUGGAAGCUGGUAAAGCCUCUUAUUAAAGUAGCUAUCCGGUGUUUCCAAAUGUCUAUGAAAUAUGAUCUAUAAUUACUUACUGUUGCUAGGUUUCCAUCUAAUGGUGACAGAUUUCCAUGUGAAUAUUCUAAAAAAAUUGCAAAAAAAUAAAAUCUGCAUUUUUCCACCAGAGAUGUUGCAGAUUAAAGGCUAUGCGCGUAAAAAAUAGCUUUUGCGGUUAAAUUCCCAUGUACCGACAACAAAAAAUACAAGUUAAAUGGGUUUCCAUCACAUUCAACUCUUUAUGGUUUUCUCACCCCAAAAAAAGGUCAUUAUGUUCCCAGUCCGGCAUUGGCAGUGCGCUCCAGCCAACAGUGUGCACAGAUACAGUACUGUUGGCUAGAGUGCACUUAUAGCCUACAUCAGGGAUCAUCAUCUAGAUUCAGCCGUGGACUGAUUCUUUCUUUCCUUUUCUUGAGUGGAUGGUCAGGUGGCCAGAACAUAAUUACAAAUAAUUUGUCAACUGCAAAUUGACCUCAAACUAUAUAAUAUAUAAUAGCCCAAACUAUAUAAUAUUUAACUCAAACAGAAUCAUUUCAAACCUUGCUUACCUUUGUAUACGAUCACAUACUGUAUAUCUCUCGAUUUACAAAUCUAAAAUCACUUGGAGCUGAUUUGCUGGUGUUUGUACAGUCUUUUUUGACCAACAAUAACAUUUAAAAUAUAUAUAUACACAUUUUCACAGAAAACUUGGGUCAAAUUUGUCCCCCAGGCUGCCAGUUGGGGAACCCUAGCCUACACGAUGACAUUAUUAUUAAAAGAGUUUCCACUGACAUUUCUCACAUAAUACAUUUUACAGACACAAAAAAAGAUCCCACCUUGUCUAGUGUAUUUUGUUUUGUCGACAUUUGGAAAGUUUACCGAAAACCUUUCAGUUUCCAUCAUGCCUGUCAUUUAAUAUCUGACUUAUACUUUACUCGCAUAAAAAAAGUUUAGUUGGAAACCUGGUUAAUAUGAGUAAAAUAUCUUUCUUGAAAAAAAAAAUGAAUAAAAAAGUUAAAAAGCAGCUUUUCUGUGUUUGAAUGGUGUGGGUGUACACCGGUCGAUAAAAAUAUCCGUGACAAGUAAACAGCUGAUUGGCCGGCUCAGCCAAUGAGUCAGUGGACGGAUUCGAUUAUACUGACCCGCCCGGGCACCUGGCAAAGGCACAUUCUAUCAUCGGGCGAAAGAGGGGAGGGAAGAGCGUCCUUCUCAAACGGAAACGUAAUUUGCGUCGCUCCGUCAUUUUGUCAACAAGGCAGCAUGGUGCAUCGUCCAGAAACAUACAUAUGUAUUCCAUAAAACAAAUGUUAGAAUUUGCUAAUUUUCAUUGGAAAGGCAGAUAAAGCAACCCCUUUUGCAUUUGAAAAAAAAGCAAUCACUUUCGCAUUUGAAAACACAAAGUCCUACUCAUUACUCCACGUGCUCCUACGUCACACCUAGCUCAUGCCUGAAGGCAGCCCAGUUUCAAAAUGAAUGCAAUCAACUUUCACCCGGUGCAAAACAUGCCUACAUGGGCAAAAUUAAUCAAACCCCUCAUUGAGACGCCUUGGCCAAAAACUUUGGCCACAAAUACAAAUAUAGAAUGAGUCAACAACAUUAUUUGGGUAUGAGUUAACAAUUAUUUUAAGCCAUCAUAAUGUAGGCCUACAACAUGACCAUGUACAGAUGUAGGAUCUUAAUUUGAUCACUCGUUUGCUGCUGAGAAUAUUCCUGAAUUGUAAAUUUACUGAAAACCCACACUAACACAUAUUAACAGAAAUUGAAUUUUCAUGUAGCCUACUUUUGGCCAGCUAAUAGCCUAACCACAUAUCAAGAAACAUUGUGUUAAAAUACUUUAGCUGCAGGAUUAUUUUUGCUAUAUAGGUCAAAUUUAAGAUCCUACAUCUGUAAGGAGGUUGUAUUUUAGUAACCUAAACCGGAGUGACAUCCCUUCAGGGGGUAAAUUAAGAAUGAUUCAUGAGCAAGCGAGCUAAUUUCUGUAUAUGAUCUACUACUCAGGACCCUAUCCAAUCAAAAGCAAGGUGACCGGCGCAGGUCGGGUCAGACUGGGAAAAGUCUAUGCCAAUGCCAGAGUCCCCAUGACAACGAUAAUGUGGUCAUGCACGACCCUGAAUGCAGCGCCAUACUGGAACUACAUUCUUCAGAAUCGUCUGAGGAAUCUUCAGAAGAAGACAUUGUGAAGUGUUCUACAGAGCCGGAGGUUGUAGGCCCAGCCAUGGAGCUGGAAAGGAGGAUAGAGGAGAUGAGGAGGCGAAAUGAGGCUUUGCUGAAAAGGUUCAAAGAAGUUGAGGAGGACAGGAGAAGGGCUGAGCGUAGGGGGGCAGCCCUGCUUCCCAAAAGCACCAAACUGGUCAAAACCAGUUCAGCUCAUACCACUGAUGUGUCGGACCAGUGGGAGAGCCUCACCAUCACCGUAAUGAACCAGGUGCCAACCCAGGUGCCAACCCAGAAGGACACCCGUUUGGUGGCAAGGCGGUCUAAUGGAGGCAGAAGGCAGCCCAAAUCACGGAGGUUGGAGGACCGCCUGGAAAAGAGAUGUGGGGAGGAGAAACGCAUUUUGGAGGAAAGGCAACUGAUAAUCUGCACUAUAGACAACGGUGAGGAUGCAGGAGACUACUGCACUGACCACAGUGGCAGCACAUCGGACGUAGAGAGGCGAGAGUACCUACGCUGGAAGAGACGCAACCGCUCGAUUGUGGAGCUGCUCGACCAACACCAGGACAAUCUGGCAGUACACCUACAGAGCAGCAAGGAGCAGAUGGAACUGCUCGACCAGGACGACCUGGCAGUACACCUCCAGAGCAGCAAGGAGCAGAUGGAACUGCUCGAUCAGGACGACCUGGCAGUACACCUACAGAGCAGCAGAGAGCAAAUGGAACUGCUCGACCAGGACAACCUGGCAGUACACCUACAGAGCAGCAGGGAGCAGAUGGAACUGCUCGACCAGGACGACCUGGCAGUACACCUCCAGAGCAGCAGGGAGCAGCGUAAGAAGGCCCGUUAGCUGGACAAUGACACAAUUAUAAUUUUUUGUUCAGUCAACCACUGUUUGUAUUUGUGCAUGUUUACUGGUGUAUUGCACUUUUUUUCUUGAUAUUUUCACUGUGAAUGUUACAUUUUUCUGUACUUUAUAAAUGAGCAACCACAAGCUUUGCUCUUCUCUUUCCUCACACUUUCUCUGACAGAGAAAGUAGAGGGAGAAUGAAGUUAACACUCAAUGUACUUGACUUCUCUAAGUUCUUAUUCUAGCAUGAUGCCCAGAGGAGAGAUGUACCACCAUGGUCCUUGAUUAAAAGUUGUCUUUACUCUGGGUUUUAUAUCCAAACCGUAACUUCGUUUGUACACUGAUAUGGUUCUGUUUAUGUGUAAUGAAUGGUUCCCUGAAUUCCCCUGUUCUAAAUGUUAUUUUUGUCUGCGUAGCUGAUGUGCAAUUUGAUACAGGGAGGAGUCUUCCUGAAUGUGUCCCAAUAUAAAUGUUUUUUUUUUGUUCUGUUUGCUUCCGUUUUGGUUCUUAAAUGGUUUACAAAAAGAAUACUCACCUGGAGAACAACUACUGAAGUUUACCGACUGUCAUGUUAGGUGCAAUAUAUGCCAUUGACCCAUUUUUGAUAGACACCUCUUAAGGUAAAGUUUCAUUGGUAUAGUGGAAGCAAUUUAGUGGUCCUCGUUACGACAGAGAGAGUGGCUGUUCCGAUGUCGUUUGACCAGAUCAACGGGGCCUAGAUACGUUUGACACAAAUCCCAAGUCAUGGUAUCUAUAUUAGCAUUUUUCACACAUCCCCAGGGAAACCUCCAAAGCAUGGAUUUCUGUUUUACCUUGUCCAUAGACUGCUUACAGGGUAAGGAAACAAAGUUAUUUGGGAGAACUAUACCAUUAAUGGAUCUGGGUGGAUAGGUACUGUAUUUAGUUGAUUUGUUUAUAUGCCAUCUCUGUUUAAUGUUUCUCAAUUAAAAUUAUUUGAACACCAAACUACAUUGACCCUCG